AUGACAAGAAAAACCUGGUUUCUCCCUCCCGAUUUUACCUUUCUUCCAGAUGGGCAAUUUGCGCUCGGCAGUAUCAUCCCCAGCCCCCGGCAGCCAACCGCCACUCUUGCCUCUGUCGCCUCCUACCCAGCUAUCAUCCUGCCGGAGACAAAGUCCAUUGUCGAGAAGAAUGUUAGCUUCUCAGUCGAAAAGACUCGUUCUCUUGGGUUCGAGCUUUUUGCCAAGCUUCUUGAUGCCAGAAACGCCAAGAUCGACGUGUCAUGGUACAAGAACAAGUCUUUUAGCGCCGUAGAUCAUGAGGUGCAUACAUACCACGGAGCCUUCGCUCCAGAGACCUUGAAAGCAAUCCUGGCCCUCGACAAUGUUAAGAAACACAUCGAGAGUGGGCGUUUUGGUAGGCGCCGCGUGUACAUUAUCACGGGCUUGCGCGUGGUGCGACAGAGCUUUACGGCCACAGAAGAAAAGGGAAGGAAUACGGUCUCUUCUGUCGCAGCAAAAGGAUUUGUUCCCACUGGUGUUGUGCCUGUCGUCUUCGGAGCCCGUAUUGCCGGAAAUUCAGAGGAUAGGACAAAGACUAGUUACGAGACAGCCCCGGGAAUCGUUUUCGCAUACCGUCUACAUGUAAUUCGGCCUAAGGAUACAGGUGCGGAUCAGGAGUUAUUUUCUGAUAGGACGGCGUUCUUUACUGGUGAAGCUGAAGCUGAAGAGGCCGAAAUGGAGAUAGUUGAGGUGGACGGUGCAGUUUAUCGGGAGGAUUUAGAUGCAGAACAGGAUGAUUACGAAGAGAAGCGACUCGACGGGAUAGACAAUGACUCUUAUAUCGUUUUUCAAAGUCAGCCUCAGCAGUAA